AGGCUCAGAUCCCUCUUUCCGAUUGGUCCCUACGGCAGGAGUGCGGGGACAAUUGCUUAAGUUGACCUCUGGGUCCGGAACCGCGGACAAAGAUGGCGGCGGCCAAGUGUUGGAGGCCUUUGCUCCGCAAUCCGAGGCUUUCAUUGCACACCGCGGCUGAUGCCGCCACGGCUGCAGAAACAAUCUGCCAAGAUGUCGCGGCGACCCCUGUCGCGCGUUACCCGCCGAUUGUGGCCUCCCUAACAGCCCACAGCAAGGCCGCACGGCAGCGGCGGAUCGAGCGCUGGCAGGCAAUGGUGCACGCUGCAGAGUCGAUAGACGAAAAGCUGAAAAUCCUCACCAAGAUGCAGUUCAUGAAGUACGUGGUUUACCCACAGACCUUCGCGCUGAACGCCGACCGCUGGUACCAGUACUUCACCAAGACCGUGUUCCUGUCGGGUCUGCCGCCGGCCCCCGCGGAGCUCGAGCCCGAGCCCGCGCCCGCGCCCGCAUUGGACCUCGCGGCGCUGCGUGCGGCCGCCUGCGACUGCCUGCUGCAGGAGCACUUCUACCUGCGGCGCAAGCGGCGCGUACUCCGCCACCAGGAGAGGGAGGUUAUAAUUUCGCCCUUCCUCGAUCAGCUGGUGGCAACCCUCGUGGGCCUUCUCAGCCCACACAACCCGGUCCUGGCCGCCGCCACCCUCGAUUAUAAACGCCCAGUUCAUUUUUACUGGGUGCGUGGUGAAGAAAUUAUUCCUUGUGGUCAUCGAAAAGGUCGAAUUGAUUCCUUGCGAUACCAGAUAGAUGAUAAACCGAACAACCAGAUUCGAAUAUCCAAGCAACUCCCAGAGUUUGUGCCAUUGGAUUAUUCUGUUCCUAUAGAAAUCCCCACUAUAAAAUGUAAGCCAGAUAAACUUCCAUUAUUCAAACGGCAGUAUGAAAACCACAUAUUUGUUGGCUCAAAAACUGCAGAUCCUUGCUGUUAUGGUCACACCCAGUUUCAUCUGUUACCUGACAAAUUAAGAAGGGAAAGGCUUUUGAGACAAAACUGUGCUGAUCAGAUAGAAGUUGUUUUUAGAGCUAAUGCUAUUGCAAGCCUUUUUGCUUGGACUGGAGCACAAGCUAUGUAUCAAGGAUUCUGGAGCGAAGCAGAUGUUACUCGACCUUUUGUCUCCCAGGGUGUGAUCACAGAUGGAAAAUACUUUUCCUUUUUCUGCUACCAGUUAAAUACUUUGGCACUGACUAAACAAGCUGAUCAGAAUAACCCUCGUAAAAAUAUAUGUUGGGGGACACAAAGUAAGCCUCUUUAUGAAACAAUUGAGGAUAAUGAUGUGAAAGGUUUUAAUGAUGAUGUUCUACUUCAAAUAGUUCACUUUCUACUGAAUAGACCAAAAGAAGAAAAAUCACAGCUGUUGGAAAACUAAAAAACAUGUUUGAUUGAGAACUUUGGGAACAUUUAAAUGUCACUAACAGAACAAUAAUGAUAAGAUUUGUAACUGUCAAAUAUUAAAUACAUUGAUUUUUAAGACAAAUA